AUGUCCACUGUUUACUUUGACGUUGCUGCCAAUGGCCAAAACUUAGGUAGAAUUACCUUUAAAUUAUACAAUGAUGUUGUUCCAAAGACUGCUGAAAACUUCAGAGCUUUAUGUACUGGUGAAAAAGGAUUUGGAUAUGCCGGAUCUACUUUCCAUAGAGUUAUUCCUCAAUUCAUGUUACAAGGUGGUGAUUUUACUCAUGGUAAUGGUACUGGUGGUAAAUCAAUUUAUGGUGCCAAAUUUCAUGAUGAAAAUUUCGAAAAAACUCAUAAUAAACCAGGUUUAUUAAGUAUGGCCAAUGCUGGUCCAAAUACCAAUGGAUCUCAAUUUUUCAUUACUACUGUUCCAUGUCCUUGGUUAGAUGGUGCUCAUGUUGUUUUUGGUGAAGUUGUUGAUGGUAUGGAUGUUGUUAAGAAGAUUGAAUCUUAUGGUUCUUCUUCUGGUGCUACUGCUGCUACUAUUACCAUUGAAGCUUCUGGUGAAUUAUAA